AUGACCAGUCAUGCUGAUUAUGGAUGGAUAUUAGGUCGCCGUUCGCUGCACGUCCAGAAGCACGAGUGCGCCUCUUGCGGAUACCCCGCCGCUAAGAUGCGAAAGUACAACUGGAGCGAGAAGGCCAAGCGGAGAAGGACUGUCGGUACUGGCCGCACCCGCUACCUCAAGGACGUUUCCCGACGAUUCAAGAACGGCUUCCAGACUGGCACCCCCAAGAACGCCAGACUCGGCAAGAAGACUGAGGCCGAGGCUUAA